UACGUGUGGGCUGUUGCUCGGUUCAAUACGUACUACCUUAAUUAAACUCCCUCGCUGUGACGUGACCGUUUAUCAACUCAAUCUACCAACCAUACGCAUGCAUCUUAACUUCGCUACUCCACUUCAAAACUUCAGUGGUUUUGUAUUCUACACGCAUGAGGUCUUCUCACAACCUACCUCUCAAUGAAGGUUUUUUCCCUCUCCAUACCUGCUCCAGCGCUACUCACGACAAACUAGUAGCAACAAGGUGAUGAUGUUAGUAGAUGACCGGGUGUGGGCUCUGUUCAAAUGCCACUGGCAGCACACACUGACGUACUGGAGUGUGUUCUUCAGCUUUGGACUUUGUAUCGCAUUCCUGGGGCCGACCAUUCUGGACCUGAGGUGUCAGACCCAGUCAACUCUACAGGAAAUCACAUGGGUCUUUUUUGCCCAACAACUCUUCCUAAUGCUGGGGAGCGCCAUUGGGGGACUCUUCAAAAAAACGCUCUGCUUCUCCCUGUCAGCUCUGUUGGUCUCUAGUCUUGUCAUCUCCGUGGUGUUUUCCAUUAUUCCACUAUGCCACCAUGUGCUGAUGCUGGCCAUUGCCAUGGCAAUAUCUGGAACAGCAAUGGGGGUGAUUGACACCAUUGCCAACCUGCAGCUGGUCAAGCUCUACCAGAAAGACUCCGCAGUUUUCCUGCAGGUGCUUCAUUUCUUCAUAGGACUGGGUGCAUUGGUAAGUCCCCUGGUAGCGGACCCAUUCCUGGCUGAGGGGAAUUGUGUCCUAGCUGGGAAUAUGACCACGAACACCUCCAUUGAUCUCCAUCACCUCCGCGGCUUCCUAGCAGGCAAAGGGACAAUGCCACCAAACAACAUAUCUGAGAAAUACCACUUCCACACAGAAGGCGUUAUCACCACCAAGGUUUCAUAUGCAUUCUGGAUCAUGGGGCUUAUCAAUCUGCCUGUACCAAUAGCAGUCUAUGUGCUUAUGAACCGCGAGAGGAUGUUCCCCUGGUCCAAACAAAGUCUUCGUCUGUUGGACAAGGACAAAAACUCAGAGAAGGAACAGGAACACAACCUGCAGGGUCAUGGAGGUUUAUUUGGCUGCUGUAAUUCUAGUGAUGUGAGGGAUCGCCCCGCCUCCUACUUCCUUCUCUACAUUCUGGGCGGAGCUGUGCUCUUCAUCACUGACGGCAUCAUUGGUUCCUACACUGGAUUCAUCUACACCUAUGCAGUGUCUCCUCCACUCUCUUUACCUCACAAGACCGCUGGUUAUCUGACCAGUGUGUUCUGGGCAUCUGUCACCGCGGGUAGACUGGCAUCUAUCUACCUGUCAUACAAAUACACACAACAACGACUAAUCUCUAUCAGCCUGGUGGGGGGAUUAGUUGUGCAGUGUCUGCUGUCGAUCCUGUACUCCAGCCCUGUGUUCAUCUUCAUGGGGACAUGUAUAUUAGGCCUCUUCAUAAGCAGUGUGUUCCCUUGUAUGGUGGCCUUGAUAGAGGGCAUGUUCAACUAUAAAGGUUGUGCCACUACUGUCCUGGUGACCAGUGCUGGUACAGGAGAAAUGGUGCUGCAGCUUCUCACAGGACAGUUGAUCCACAGCAAAGGCAGUUAUAGUUUCCUGUUAGUUGGUUUGAUAUCGUCCUGUAUCUGUCUCAUUGUAUUCCUCGGCCUACUAUUCAUCCAGCGCCAACACAGGAGCUCCCAAUCAGCCAAAGAUGCUUGUCAGGAAGUUGACACGACUGAGAAGUCUUCAAACAAAUGACAGAGGGAAGACUUGGGAAUGAAAUAUGUAACAGAGAACUGUGUGUUUUUAAAAAGGAAAGAGUGAAGGAAAUGCACAGAAAUUAUCCUGGAUGAGAGUCAGCAAGCACUGGCAUUAUACUUAAUUCCAUCUCUUCUGUUCAGAUAAAACAAAAUAUGGAUUUUGAUUCAGCUUUAGGUUCUUAAUAUGUUCCACCAGUUGGAUGCCUUUUCAGAAGUGUGACAUACUAAAAAUACAUUCUGUCAUAAAGACCACUUGUUUUAAAAAUGUAUUCCAUCUCAGGUCUAAAUAAAAUAAAGUACUAGUAAGUGCUUUCACAUAUCCCUGUAUAAUCUUGGAGCCUUUAAUACUCUGAUCCAUGCUAAAUGAUUCAUGUUUGACAUGAACACUCUUGCUGGCUGAAGUGAAUGCUCCACCUGGCUUUGUAAUUAGGCCCAGAUCGAGGACCAGAGUAUGAGGUAUUAUGAUGCAGAAGAACAGUUGUGUGGAACCUUUUGUCAGUUGUAAACAAGCUAGUUUCCUAACAUCAUGUAGAAUGUGUUGCAAAUCACAUUAUAAUUUAAGAUGUUUGUAGAAUUCUCGAACACAAAACCAAGGGACAAUUUCAUAUGUGAAAACAUGCCAAAUAAAAUAACAGGGUUAAUAAUUUAAUCUUAAAACACCAAUUACUCUGUUACAGGGCAAAUGGAACUUUCUUAUGAGGAACAUGGAGGGGCUUUAAAAUGUAACUUCAUUAUUACAUGUACAGUAUUUCACAUUUCAUUCAGUAGCAUGUUCAAAUGACUCACCUUUCCUCCACAUACACAAGAACCUGGCCAAGAAAAGUAGAACCAAUUCAGUUUCUUACACUGUCAACUCAUCAGCUUUUACACUGUAGCUGGACUUGCUGUUCUUUGAGAUCAGUUCAUAUGGACCUUAAAAUGAGAAACAGAUGUAGAUCACUAAUCACAUAAAAUGUUAUUUUAUUUAUGCAUCUUAGAACUGGGAAAUGUUUAGUGUUAUGCUGUAUCUGUCUAUGACUGGAAAUCAUAAAACAGGAGUUGCAGUGUAAAUGUUUAACUUUGCUUAAUUAACAUUAUGAAAUAUUGGUUGUUCAUGUCUUCUUUCUAGAUGCCAUCUGACACAUGACACACCGUAAAGUUAGGAACAGUAUAAUAACAAAGCCUCCAUUGAUAAGCUGCUUAAAUAAACUUAUCAGCUGGUAUCCUGCUGGAUCCUAAACUGCUUUAAGCCUGGAUUCUUUCAAAACCAUCAUAGCAAUGUUGACGCAGUGUCUUUAUUUAUGUUACCCAAUACCUGUCUGAGAACUCUGUUUUUUUUACUGUAACUGGGCACUGCCCUUUUAAUGUUUAUAUAAUGGAGACUAUGAAUGAUUACAUUUAAUAAAAAAAAUAUUUCAUUUUUCUAUUGAACAAUACCUUUUUAGGCUACCUCGUCAAUCAUGUCUAAAUAAAAAAAAUUAAAUUA